CCUGCAGAACUGUUUGUGUGAGCACUUCGAGGAUACCAUCAUGUGACUUGGAAACUUGUCAAAGCUGAGACCUCUUCAUGGUCCAGUUUGAUACCCAACAGCAGGUGAAUGAAGCUCCUCGCUGAGCUGAUCUUAACAUGACUUACUUUGUCAGUAAAUACUUCAGUUGGUGUUGCAGCCUCUGCCUUCUGCUAGGAUGCAGCUUCACAGUAAGCCUCGAAGUUAAAGUUGGUGCAGACAUUACUUUAACGUGCAAGUACGAUGCUCGCUACUACGGCAAGCUGUCGGUGUGCUGGGGUCGAGGGCCUAUCCCUAACAGUGGCUGUGCCAAUGAAGUCAUCAAGACGGACGGAACAUCGGUCACCAGCAGACUAUCCGAGCGCUACCUGCUCAUGGGUAACAUCGAGGAGGGCGAUGUGUCGCUGACCAUCAGACAGGUUGUGGAGAGCGACCGGGGUGUGUACGGCUGCCGUGUGGAAAUCCCAGGCUGGUUCAACGAUCGCAAACAUCGGGUGACCCUGACGGUGGUACCAGCCUGCCCUGAUGCUCUCAAGGUGGAGAUGCGGGAGGUGAGGGACAGAACUGUCACCAUUCGCUGGUCGCAUGUGUUUGACGGUGGAAGGCCCAUCAAGUCCUACGAGAUUGACAUCAAGAGCAAAGAGGCACUAUGGGAUGCUGCAGUGAUAACUCACAUAUCAAAUCCAAACCUGACUCAGGUCACUCUGGUGGACUUGCGACCGGCAAAGUAUUACAACCUCCGCAUGUUUGCAAUCAAUAGUCAGGGCAUGAGUAACGCCAGUAAUGUUCUCACAGUUGCCACAAAAGAAGCAGCACCAGAAGGUCCACCACUGGAUAUGCGUCUCCAAGCGACCUCGUCUACAAGCAUCAGAGUGUCUUGGAAGCCUCCUCGGGCGGACCUGAGAAAUGGGAUUCUACGCAGUUACAGCAUCCGAUACAUAGAGUAUGACCCUGUUGGCAGACACUUCAAACAGUGGCACCACCAAAGUGUCACAGCCACACAGUCACAAGAGAGCCUCAUCUUAAGUGGAUUGAGGCCCUCCACCCAGUACAGUGUGCUCAUACAGGCCAAGACCAACGCAGGCAUAGGACCUGCCUCGAGUGCACUCCUCUGCUCCACCUUGGAUGAGCUUCUCCAAACUUCGACCGAGGCAACAAUCAACACGCUCUUCACCGUUACAUGGCCGAUGUCAGAGACCACAAGGUUCAUCUCAGAUCUCACAACUCCAGCAGUUGAGGUGGUUAUUGCCAGCACAGCAUGGGAACAAAGCACUCCAGGUUUUUCCUCAGUGCCUCCGGACCCACCUGUUGUUGAGUUGAAGGAGGUCAACGGCAACACAGUUUCUUUCUCCUGGACUCCUGGGUUUGAAGGAGAUGCCCCCAUUUCUGGAUAUUUCCUUGAGUAUAAAGCAUUGAAUGGCUCGUGGGAUUUUGAGAAGACAGUAGUGGACUUCAGCCCAAACCAGAGAGAGGCCACCAUCAUAGAGAUAAAUCCCUCCGUGUACAACAUCCGCAUGUUUGCAAAGAGCAGUCUGGGUACUAGUAAAGCCAGCAACAUCCUUACCUUCACAACUGGAGACACAGGUCAGCAGGAUGUUUUCUCAACAACCACAACCAUUAAUACUCAUGCUGCAACAAGCUCUGAGGAGGGGGGAAGUGGUCACCUUGUUGCUAUCGUUGUUCCACUUGUGCUGGUGAUUAUGUCGAUCGUUGCCAUAGCGACUAUAUGGCACCUGCGACGGUUCAAAGGGCAAAAAGGCAACAUUAGCCUGUGGCUGAGCCGAGGAGCAAUACUUUACAGAGGCUCUGAGUCCAUGCAAGAGCUGUGAGACAUGCUUCUUUACUGGACGUCACAAAUAUGUCAACAUGAAAACAGCUAAAGACCUGAACUGUACAUCAUGUUGUAUGGACAGCACUGGCGUGUCCUCAUACAGUUAGAUCCAAAAAUACAGUAUUUGGGCACUGACUUUUUUUAUUUGUUUAUUUUUUUUUUAAUGAUCUUGCCUGUGUAUACCUCCAUAAUGGAAUAAAAAUGUAAAAACGUGUAAA